GCAGUCCUCCCACGGGAAUGACCAUGGAUAAAAGUGAGCUGGUACAGAAAGCCAAACUCGCCGAGCAGGUGGAGCGCUACGAUGACAUGUCUGCGGCCGUGAAGGCAGUCAUGGAGCAGGGGCACGAGCUCUCCAAUGAGGAGAGAAAACUGCUGUCUGGUGUCUACAAGAACAUGGUCAGUGCCCGCCGUUCUUCCUGGCGUGUCAUCGCCAGCAUCAAACAGAAAACAGAGAGGAACGAGACGCAGCAGCAGAUGGGCAAAGAGUACCGUGAGAAGAUCAAGGCAGAGCUGCAGGACAUCUGCAACGAUGUUCUGGACCUGGUGGACAAAUACCUUAUUCCCAAUGCUACACAACCAGAAAGUAAGGUGUUCUACUUGAAAAUGAAAGGCGAUUAUUUUAGAUAUCUUCCUGAGGUGGCAUCUAGAGAUAAUGAACAAACCACUGUGUCAAACUCCCAGCAGUCUUACCCGGAAGCAUUUGGAAUUAGUAAGAAAGAAGUGCAGCCUACACACCCAAUUCAACUGGGCUUGGCAUUUAAUUUCUCCGUCUUUUACUAUGAGAUUCUAAACUCUCCUGAAAAGGCUUGCAGCCUGGCAAAAACGGCAUUUGAUGAAGCGAUUGCUGAAUUGGACACACUGAAUGAAGAGUCUUACAAAAACAGCAUCCUGAUCAUGCAGUUGCUUAGGGACAAUCUCACUCUGUGGACGUUGGAAAACCAGGGAGACAAAGGAGAUGCUGGGGAGGGAGAGAACUAAUGUCUG